GGGCACGGAUAGACCUCACCCCCCACCAGUUCACCACUAUCUCGAUGGAUAGAGAUACACGUAUACAUAUUUAUUAUUUAUGACUCUUCGUAUAAAAAAUUAUAGCCUCGUUCGUUCACCUGCUCUGAUAAACCCUAAUAUCGAUUCCUCUUCCUCCUGUUACACUAAAACCUUAAAAUUCGAUUUAAUUUCUCUCUCGAAUCUCGAAUCGAUCCACUUCUUAUUUUUAAUCCAGAACCAGAACUUUGUCUCUGAAAGGUGACUUUUCUGGCAAGAUCUUGUUCUCCGCGAUUGUGGCUUGAUUUAUAGUCCGGUCAAGGCUGGCGGGUAUUCGGGUCAAUUAAAUGGCGGAUCCGCCUAGUGUCCGCCAUAGAGUGAGAAUUGAUAGAUUUGGUGUCUGUUUGGAGCUGUUAUCGUUGUUUUCGUUGGUGGCUUCCAUAGGUUUACAGUUUGGUGACGAUAGAUAAGAGCGAAGUAUGCUGAACGUGCUACGGGUGCACCUCCCCUCGGAUAUCCCUAUUGUUGGCUGUGAGCUUACGCCGUACGUGCUUCUACGGCGACCCGAUAACACUAUCAUUACUGAAGAUGUUCCCGAAUCAGCCCCAAUUGACCGUCAUUUCCUGAGAUACAAGUGGUAUCGUAUACAGAGUGAUAAAAAAGUUGCUAUCUGUAGUGUGCAUCCAUCCGAGCAAGCGACAUUGCAGUGUCUAGGUUGUAUUAAGGCCAAAGUACCUGUUACGAAAAGUUACCAUUGUUCUCCUAAAUGCUUCUCAGAUGCAUGGCAGUAUCAUCGUACUCUGCAUGACCGUCCUGCUAGUGCUGCAAAUGAUAAUGGAAAUGAGGAAGAAGAGUUGUUUGGGCGUUUUAAUAGUGGUUCGUCUAUCAGCUCCAGUUUACCUGGUUCUGCAUCAAGCACUAAUUUGACCAAUGGCUCUACAGCUUUGUAUCCUUCAGCUGUUCCACAAAGGAAUGGUAGUGAAACUUGGUUUGAAGUUGGACAUUCUAAAACAUAUACCCCAACUGCUGAUGAUAUUGGCCAUGUUCUCAAGUUUGAGUGUGCUGUAGUAGAUGUAGAAACUAAAUUACCUGUUGGACAUGUCAACACUAUAUUAACCUCUCGCGUCAUUCCAGCCCCAUCUCCUAUUCCACGUCACUUGAUCCCGGUCAGUGGAGUUGAUGUGCUGGGUCAUUUGGAUUCAGAUGGCCGUAUUUCUUCAUCAGGAACUUUUACAGUGCUCUCGUAUAACAUUUUGUCGGAUAUGUAUGCCACAAGCGAGUCAUACAGUUAUUGCCCUUCAUGGGCUCUCUCUUGGCCAUAUCGCAGACAGAAUUUGUUGCGUGAAAUUGUUGGUUAUCGCGCAGACAUUGUUUGUCUUCAGGAGGUCCAAAGUGAUCAUUUUGACGAAUUUUUUUCCCCAGAACUGGAAAAACAUGGUUACCAAGCUCUAUACAAGAGAAAAACAAAUGAGGUCCACACUAGAAACCCUCAUACAAUUGAUGGUUGUGCCACAUUUUUCCGUAGAGAGAGAUUUACACACGUCAAAAAAUAUGAGGUUGAAUUUAAUAAGGCUGCUCAGUCUCUGACUGAGGCUGUCGUUCCAAGUGCUCAAAAGAAAACUGCUUUGAAUCGGUUGGUUAAGGAUAAUGUUGCAUUGAUCGUGGUUCUGGAGGCAAAGUUUUGUAAUCAAGGACUCGAUAACCCUGGAAAAAGGCAGCUUCUCUGUGUGGCAAAUACACAUGUAAAUGUCCAUCAUGAAUUAAAGGAUGUCAAGCUUUGGCAGGUGCAUACUCUUUUGAAGGGGUUGGAGAAAAUAGCUGCCAGUGCGGACAUUCCAAUGUUGGUGUGUGGGGACUUCAAUUCAGUUCCUGGAAGUGCGCCCCAUGCCCUCCUCGCUAUGGGGAAGGUAGAUCCUUUACAUCCUGAUCUGGUAGUAGACCCUCUUGGCAUCUUACGUCCUCACAACAAAUUGGCACAUCAGCUGCCACUGGUAAGUGCUUAUUCAUCCUUUGCAAGAAUGGGGGUUGGUCUUGCUCUGGAGCAGCAUAGGAGGAGAAUGGACCCCACAACAAACGAACCUCUGUUUACUAAUUGCACAAGGGAUUUUAUUGGCACCCUGGAUUACAUAUUCUACACAGCGGACUCCUUAACAGUGGAGUCCUUGCUAGAACUCUUGGAUGAGGAUAACUUGAGGAAAGACACAGCACUUCCUUCUCCAGAGUGGUCUUCAGAUCAUAUAGCGCUCUUGGCGGAGUUUCGGUGCAAGCCUAGACCUAGACGUUGACAUACUGGGUGGAGAAGAUAUGGCUGCGAUUAGAUGACACUCAAAAAUAGUUCAUUUUAAGAAGUGUAGAUCAUGUUUCCUGUGAUCUUUCCCGGGGAUCUCUAGUGCGAAUCCUGUUGCGGUCUGCUGUGUAUUAUGCCACCUUUGUUUCAUAGAAAACUCAAUCCAACAGCCUACCUUUUUUUCCUUUCCCCUUUAUUUCCAAUAGAAAUGUCCAGCUCAGUUCAAGUUGUACCAGAAUUACUGAAAAUCAAGUUCUCUGUGGCAUGCUGUUGAAGGCAUGCCCUCGUUGUAUUAGUCCAUGCUUCCUUUUAUUCGAUCCCAUUGCCUUUUCUUAUUGUUGUGAUCUUGUAUUUCCGGCAUGUCUCUCUAACGGGAGAUCAUAGUGAUGGGACGAUUCUAAAUAUAAGAAAAUUUUUCUUU